AUGGGUACUGAAUUUCGCAACACCACGCCUUACGGCACGACUCCCGAGCUGCCCCUCGAAUAUCUGGAGUCAGUAGAUCGCGUGGUCACCAGNCUCUUCUGUCCUUGGCACCUUGCAUCUCCUGCUUGGAGGAGAUCUGAUUACGGUGCACCGAAUCUCUCCGAUCUCCAUGCCCAUCUCGAGAAGUUUCGUGAGUACGAGUACUACAUCAAUGAGACCCAAAUCCUGCUGGCGAUCAUCCAUCGUUCCGGGUUGCAAAGCGACAUCAACGAUGUAUUAGCUUGGUUGCAUGCCGAGUUUCGGCUUCGUGUUCAGGAAGAGGCACGUCUCAAUCCAACAACAAGCAGCCAGGCUGUACUGCUUUCUGCGAAGAUCACCAGACUUAUAGAGGAGCUCAAGAAAUCCGCUCUUGCACCCAAUUUCGAUUACAACAGCCCAGCGAAGCACGAGAAAAUCGUCAAAGGUCACUCAUGGUGGGUUCCUGACGAAGACUUUGAACAAGUUGUCGAUCGUGUUCAAGAGUCAACACAGAAGGACAAGGACGAAGACGAGAAGAAGUUCCAUCAGCUAUCUGCCGCAGCAACUGAACAGACAGCUCGGAUCGAUGCAUUGGAGAACAAAGUCUCCGGACUUCUAUCCACUGCUUCGACACCUACGCCAGAGAAGAAAGAGCAGGAACCUCUCGGUGGUCCAGGUGAGGCAUCGGAAGCGUUCACCUCAGGUGUAGUCACGCCCACUUUAGUAAGAUGCAGCAUCGAUCGUAAUGAGUAUCGAGACUGA